AUGCAACAUCGACUCUUCCUAUCAACGCUCUUGCUCGCGGCGCUGGACGUGGCCGCCCACGCGGGUUGCACGCCCUCCGAGAACGCAACGGAUGCUAAUACACCGCCGCCGCCGCGUGGCCAGCCAGAGAUCAUUGGCGGAGGCACCGUUCCGCGUGGCGACGACUUGUUCAUGGCGGGCGUGCGCAAGAGCUCGUGGGGGCUCUCGAUUUGCGGUGCUGCGCUCAUUGCACCCACCUACGUCCUCACGGCAGGUCACUGCGUCGACGACUCGAUCAACUACGUCGCUGUUGGCACACGCUACAACAUUGGCGGCCUCGACGGCGAGCGCAUCCGCAUCAAGCGCAAGAUCAUGCACCCCGAGUAUGUCGAGCUGCUCGACGCACCGUUCUUUGACUUCGCGAUUCUCGAGCUCGAGACGCCGUCGACGAUCAAGCCAAUCCGAGUCUCGUUCGACGACAGCCCCGUUGGCACAGUCGGCACAGUGCGUGGGUGGGGCCGCAUCAUGAACGGUGUCCUUGGCCCCCCGUCGCUCGUCCUCAAGCAAGUCGACGUCCAGAUAUGGGACAAUGACAAGUGCAACACGGCCAUCCAAGCCGCGAGCAAGGGCAUGUACCCGCAUAUCCGCAGCUCCAAUGUCUGCGCUGGCGGCGUCCAAGACCAAGAUGUAUGUCAAGGCGACUCGGGCGGUCCACUGACGAUUACGCAAAACGGCGAAGACGUUGUCGUUGGUGUCGUGAGCUGGGGCUACGAGUGCGGUCACAAGGACACGCCUUUUGUCUACGCUCGAGUGUCCAAGGCCAAAGACUUUAUUGCGCCGUACCUGGCGCGAUAG